UAGCCAACCUCAUGCACCCAGAGAUAGAUAGAUAUGUGUGUGCGCAAGGGGGAAGGAACAUUUGAAGAGAGGGAGAACUUCAGGCAGGCCACGCGGAGCAACCAACAAGGGUGCCUCGGACGCAGGGAACCAUCCGAGGAACAGACAGAAGGACAAGGCUAUGAAUCCACAAGGAGGAAAGGCCUUCGGGGCAAUGAAGGCCCAGCAGGAGGAAGUUCUGGACUCCUUCAAUAAGGAAUUCCUGGAUGAUCCCAAAUAUAGCACCGUUGAAGAGCUAGCGGAAAAAUUAGAAAUAUUUAAGAAGAAAUACAUGGAAUUUGACCUCAAUGCACAAGGCGAUAUAGAUAUCAUGGCCUUGAAACGCAUGUUGGAAAAGAUGGGAGCAGCCAAGACCCACUUGGAACUCAAAAAGAUGAUCACUGAGGUGACUGGAGGUAUGAGUGAAACCAUCUCCUAUGGAAACUUUGUUCGAAUGAUGCUGGGAAAGCAAUCAGCUAUCUUUAAAAUAAUCCUGAUGUAUGAGGAAAAAGCCAAAGAGAAGGCUGAGAAGCCAGCAGGACCCCCACCAAAGAAACUAAUAGCAGAUCUUCCUUAAAGACCUUCCCACCCACGCAAUUCAUAUGAUUUAUUCCUGCAUUCAGGUGGCUACUAGAACAACCAAAACAUAGAUAAACCUUUUUCUAUUUUUAAAAAAGAAAUCUCAAGAAAGGAGUUCAUUCAUAAGAUGAUCUCAAACAUAUGAGAGAAUUAUGACUCAGCAUGUGUGUUUGGCGGGACGGGAGGUGUUCUUCCUAUUUGUGGUUCUACAUUUUCCUUCUUUCUCCAUUUUAAAAACUGAAUUGAGUUUAUUCCAGACCAAAAAUUGGAAUUGGGGAAAUGCAACCUAUGAGCUGCCAUAGCCCCCCUGAUCCAAUCUUCUUCUUUUCUUUUCUUUUUUGCUAUGACCUGGAAAGUAAUUUUACAUGGUUUACAAUACACCCCCAAAACAUUUUGA